AAAGUAUUCUGGAACGGAAGAGGAAGUGUAUAAAAUACCCUGAUAAAGUAGGAGAAAAACUGAAGCGAACUAUCCAGUGCAGCGAUGUAUAGUGGCGGCACGUUCUAAUUUGGAGGUGGCCGGCACCACUCUCCGCAUCCUUCGGUUUUCACCCCGAUCGGGUAGAGCGUGCGCGUGACACGGCGCGGCCCUGCCAAUCCAUCACGAAAUUCCUCCGUUUUCCGGAUACGGAACAGACUGCCGCGCACAAGAAACAAACCACCCCACCGACCGUUGCCUCUCCGGGAGGUGGCGCUGCGGCGCACGGCGAGAAAAGCGACCAAACCCCUCUCAGAAAAAGCGUCCGGGAAAAGCAGAAGCCAGGCGAUCGAGCAGCCAAAAUCCAAAGCCAUUCCAUCCUCCGAAUCUCUCCAGUGGCACGGAGCCGAGGCCGAUCGAUGGCACGACGGAAGCCGCCGGCGCAGCACGGAGGAGCCCGGAGCGAGGACGGCCAGGCCCAGACGACGACGGCGCCGCCGCCGCUCAAGCGGGGGCCGUGGACGGCGGAGGAGGACGAGGUGCUGGCGCGGUUCGUGGCGCGGGAAGGGGAGGGGCGGUGGCGCACCCUGCCGCGGCGGGCCGGCCUGCUGCGCUGCGGCAAGAGCUGCCGCCUGCGGUGGAUGAACUACCUCAGGCCGGACAUCAAGCGCGGCCCCAUCGCCGAGGACGAGGAGGACCUCAUCCUCCGCCUCCACCGCGUCCUCGGCAACCGGUGGUCGCUGAUCGCCGGGAGGCUGCCGGGGCGCACCGACAACGAGAUCAAGAACUACUGGAACUCGCACCUCAGCAAGAAGCUCAUCGCCCAGGGCCUCGACCCGCGGACGCACAUGCCGCUCGCCGCUGCCCCCGGCAAGACGGCAGCUGCUCCCGGCAAGACGACAGCAACGCCGGCGGUCGUACCGCCGCAACCUCCGCCCAUGCCAGUGCUGCCGACCUCGUCUGCCGCUGCAACUGGAUGUGACAGCCCAGCCGACGGAGGCAACGACGACUUGGCCGCGACGAUGAGCCUGGACACCGAUGGCUUCGAAGGGUUCGGUGACCAGCUUCUCGCCGACUACGCUGCUUCCCGCGGAGGCUUCGAGGACGUCAUGGGGUGUCCAAUGGUGGACGACGACACCUUCACCUCGUUCCUCGAUUCCUUGAUGAAUGACCGCCAGUUGGCCGCUGAUCGCAAGGAUGUGAUGAACGAUCAGGGCGGCGCUAGCUAGCUGAUACAGAUUUAUGAAUGCACUGUAAUCGUGGAUCAGAAUAAAAGGUUAACGACGAUCAGGGUACGUACGCAUGAGUUGCUCCA